CCGAUGCGUGCGCCGCGACGGCAGACGAUUACGUUGCAUCUGGCUGACAUAAAAAUAGUGGAACACGGACAAACAUCGAUGAUCGUACAGUUCCAAAUUUACUUUAUUGUGGCCUUGUUUCACACGUUUCAUUCAGUCGAAAAGUGAAAGUUUUUCUUGUUUGUUGACUGGCGGUGGAGAGAAGUUCAAGUUUUCAGCUGGAAAACUGCGAAUGUUUCUCGAUUCUGACAGCUACGCAACUCGAAUGGUGUUCUAUAACCUAGAAAAGUGCGUCUAUUCCGUCGAGGUCGAAGGAAUAUCCUAUUUGGAAGAGGAAUGGAUCGGAUCAAGUAGAGUCAGUGCUGAGCGGAAGCGGAUUAUCUUGAUUUAAAGUUUCCGAUUGUGUAAUAUUUGUAAUUGGCGAAAAAAUAUCGAUUUGAUUUUAUUUUUGUGUUAAUGUUUUGAUCCAGUAGUGCAUCGAAAAUUUAAAGAUCGAAAUUUAACUUGACCAAAGAUGAGUGCUUCAAGAUUGCUUCCAUUUAAUUUGACGACCUCACAGAAGGUAAUCAUUGUGUCCGUUACUGCCGGUGUUGCCGUGCUCGGUGCCAUUGCUAGUUACUUGGGUCGUCGGCGGACCCCAAGGCCCCAGCAGCGACGUUUUCGGAAACCAGGAGGCCGGAAAACUCGAAACAGUGUUCGCAGUCCCAAUGAUAUUAUCUCGCUGGCAGGAUCGAAAGCUUCCGGUCGGUCGUACAGCCCGGGUGGCUCUAUUCAUGGCGUGUCCGAUCGAUUGUCGUUGGCUUCCGGUUCCUUGGCGGGAGGAGCUUCCGGGGUCAAUGCUGCAUCGAUAAUUGGAGCGACGACACCGCUCACACCGCAACAGUUGGGCGUGAUGGGAAUGGAAGCGCUAGAAACGGUCAUCAGCUACUGGGAAGAUGCUCUGACCGAUCGGAAUACUGGUCUACCAUCGAGGAUCACUGCCGACCAGGAGGAAUUUUGUAGGGAAUUGCAAAACUUGUUGGAAGCAGCGUACAAUUUACAAGAGCAAGGAGAAUUACUCUUCCUGGAUGAGCGAUCGGUGUUGUUCAGAGAUGAUGAAAACAAAGCCGUGGAAGCUGGAGCCAGUCUUUCCAACGGCCACCGAUCCAGCUCGGAUCCAAACUUUGAUUCUGCCGAAAGCUUCGCAUCCGCGUUGGAUCAGGUUGCCGAUCUUCGAGAGUUCGAAGACUACGGUGAAGUCUUCUCUGACGCGGAAAACUAUCCACUCUAUCAGAGUGCCCUGGAGCUGUUGGACGAUCAACCCAUUCCUUGUCGUACAAUCCGAACGGAUAUGGUCGGCUGUAGUUCGGAUUCGGAAUACUAUUCGAAGCUACACUGCAUUCGGCUUGCUUUCCAGUUGCUAUUUAAGGACCCAAAGAACUGCCGUUGGGUAGCCGACACUGGCCGUCAAGUACUAACCGACCUACUCUGCCUGGGCGACAAGGAUCCGAAAGACUUCCUGGUGGCUUACGAAUCGAUGCUGGAAUUCCUGCAGAACAUGGACAACUGGCAGGACAUCGAGCUGGAGCUUGAAUCGCGCAAUGUCAAGGCAAUGACCUUCUACGACAUUGUGCUUGAUUUCAUCAUCCUGGAUGCAUUUCGCGAUCUCGAUUCGCCCCCGAACAGUGUUCUCGCUGUCAUACAAAAUCGCUUCCUCUCGAAUAGCUUCAAGGAGACGGCACUUACGACGGCCGUCUGGUCCGUUCUGAAGGCCAAGAAGCGCAUGCUCAAGUUCCCGAACGGGUUCAUGUCGCACUUCUACUGCAUCACGGAACAACUGUCACCGCUGAUGGUGUGGGGUUUCUUCGGACCGGACGAGAACCUCAAGGAGGUGUGUAAGUAUUUCAAGGAGCAAAUGAUUAGCUUUAUGGUGGACAUUUACAACUUCCAAAAAUGCCGCUACACCACGGUAGAAGAGCUGGCCGAGGACAUCCUGUCCAAUAUGAAGCUCAGGGUGAACAAUAUAGGCGUUAAGUUCAAUCAGUAAGUGCAAUGCGGCGCGGUUCAGUUCAAAUGUUUUAGUUAUUGCUGAAGUUUUUAAUUUUAUUCUGCCGAAUUGUUUUCAUUUCGUUUCGCAAACGAAAUUUGAGAUUGAGGGUGAACAUUUUACAAUUCAAACAUGAUCACAAAUAAUUGAUCAAAGACUACAUUCAUAGGUAUUUUUCGUUAGGGUUCAGUGGCUCGUAGAUUGUAGAUAGCUUUAGUAAUUAAGAGUACUAGAAUCAAUCCUGUAAAGACAUUAUAGAGGUUUUCGAAAACAUA